ACCACCUGGGAGAACUCUCUGGACUUUCAAUUCGCGCGGUGUCUAUCUCCCGGAAACGCCGGCACGGUCAAGCGAGGAUCUCUCUGUCAAAGACGCCGGAUAGUCUAGACCACCUUUGCACUUAUCUCCCGCCUCACCCCCUCUCCACGUGUAUAUGGACAAGACUUUAUCGCCCGAUCUCAUUCUCGCUGGAGAGCUGACAGAGAGCUAUCUCUUGCUCGACCUCUGGACUAUUUUCAUUCACUUAUUUCACUUUGGAUUGGUGGUUGUUAGCCUAUCGCACAACCAAGCAGUUUCACAGAAAGUCACCAAAAUGAUUAAAGACAAACGAUCAUUUUACAAUAAUCUGGCAGAACAGGCAAAAGAAGCAGCAGGUAAAGGAGAUAUAAAACAACUGUACAAAAUCACCAAACUUCUCAGAACCAAAAAGGCUAAUUGCAAUGUUCCAGUCCGAGACAAAUACGGAAAACUACUUUCUCCAAUAAAUGAACAACUUGAAAGAUGGAAAGAAUAUUUUCAAGAAGUGCUCAAUAGACCUAAACCACGAAAUCCACCAGAUCUAAAUGCAGGACCAACACUAGACAUAAACAUGGAAGAAAUAACAAAAGAAGAAAUAAGGAAUGCACUUAAACAAAUGAAGACAGGUAAAGCAGCAUGAAUUGACAACAUACCACCCGAAGUCCUAAAAGAAGGAGGAAGUGAAGUAGUUGACCAAAUGCACAAACUAUUCAACAAAAUUUGGUUAACAGAAACACCUCCGGGUGAGUGGAAAAAGGGCUUGCUAAUAAAAAUACCAAAGAGUGGAGAUCUAUCACAAUGUGAGAAAUGGCGAGGCAUCACUUUGCUGUCAGUACCAAGCAAGAUUUUUAGCAGAAUCCUACUAAAAAGAAUAAAGGGAGCAUGUGAUGAACACCUAAGAGAAGAACAGGUCGGAUUCAGAAAAUGGAGAUCUUGUGCUGACCAAAUAGCUACACUCAGGAUAAUUGUAGAACAAUGUGUCGAAUGGCAACUUUUGUCGACUUUGAAAAAGCUUUUGAUAGUGUCGACAGAGAAUCUAUCUGGACUGUAAUGAGGCAUUAUGGGAUCCCAAAUAAAAUAAUAACCAUAAUCAAGAACCUUUAUGCUGGUUUCACCUGCCAAGUAACCCACUGUGGCAAGCUGUCAGAGGAAUUUCCAGUCACAAAAGGAGUCAAACAGGGAUGUCUUCUUUCACCACUCCUGUUCCUUCUAGUAUUGGAUUGGGUCACAAAAGAAGCCUACUCUAACGCAGGGAUAGGAAUCCAAUGGACUCUCACACAAAAGCUGGAAGAUCUGGAAUUCGCUGAUGACAUAGCCCUAUUAUCACACAGACUACAGGAUAUGCAAGAAAAGGUCACAGCUUUAAGCGAAGUAGGAAAAAGAGUAGGCCUCAAAAUAAACCACCAAAAACUAAAGUACUUAAAGUAAACAAUAAAGAAAUUGGAGACAUAGUAUUGGAUUCUCAGACAAUAGACCAAGUAGAAAAUUUUAUAUAACUUGGGAGUGUAGUCAGUAUAUCAGGUGGAACAGAUGAAGGCAUUAAACGCCGUAUAAAUCUAGCGCGUCAGACAUUUACACAGCUAAAACCAACCUGGAAAUCUCCUUACAUCUCAAACAAGACUAAACUAAGAAUCUUUAACUCUAAUGUCAAGGCUGUCCUACUGUAUGGUUCUGAAACAUGGAGAACAACUGAAGCCACAACAAAAAAAAAAUACAGACCUUCAUCAACAGAUGCCUGAGAAAUAUCCUAAAAAUACACUGGUAUGACAAAGUAGAAAACACCAAACUGUGGGAGAUGAGUGGUCAGAAAAAUAUAGAAGUACAGAUCUUAGAGAGGAAGUGGAGAUGGAUUGGUCACACCCUUAGAAAAGAUACCAGCAAUAGAGCUAGGCAGGCCUUAGAGUGGAACCCCCAGGGAGCAAGACCAAAAAGAACAUGGCGACGCAGUGUACUUGAAGAAGCAGAGAAGACCGGGAAGAGCUGGGACACCAUCAAAAAGCUAGCAAGAGACCGUGGAGAGUGGCGUGUUUUUGUCGAGGCCCUAUGUUCCAUGAGGAACUCAAAGGAGUGAUGAUGAUGAUCAUGGAUAAUGUAAGUAGAUUACUGUAUACUUAUAUUUUAUAUCAUGACUUUGUGGCUAAAUGUUCAAGCCAUCUGGACUAGAAUUUCUUAACAAUCCCUACCAGAUAUAUUUAGCUCUUUAACUAUUAUUAAUUUAACUCUGAUAUAUUAGCGCUCAGCACGAGCCUUCAAUAUACUAGCAUUGAUUGAUUCCUUGGCAGGGAUUUAUCAAAUCAUUUCUGUAAACAUGUCUUAUUACUGAGUAUGUAUUUACUUAUGCUCUAUGUUUACUUAUGUGAGAACAUGGGCGAGUAUCAGACGUUGAUCUCCCCUUCCCCUUACACCUCAUUUAUCUAAGCGAUGUAUGUACUUGCUAUUCACCGUGACUGGUGAACAUCACUUGUAUUACUUAUCAUAUAUCACUUAUCACUGUUUGUUAUUUCCCUUUAUGGGAGUCCUCAUUAUUAUUGUUAUCUCCCUUGAGGGGACACUAUAUUCACUUGUUAGUUCCCUUUGAUAUUUAUGAAACUAGCUUAUAGUUUCUCUACAUUAUUCUGUAGAUGUCCAUCACGAAAAAGCAUCCACCUUCUCAGUGAUGUCAUUUAGGCUAACCGACUUAUACAUCAUGUCGUUGCAGCUUUUAUUUGUAGGCAACAUCCGCCUGAAAUCUUAGCAACCUAAAGCUGAUACCAGAUUUGUUGACCCCAGAUCUGCAGACAUCAGUCCUACUCAUCCUUCAAGAGUCCAAGUAACAACGCUAGCCACAGACUCGUCACUGGCUUGACUGAAUGGUAGACGCAGCUUAGCUAUGCAACCAUACAACGUUGGACUGCACCCGGAGCCUGGAUCCACUACGCCAGCCCACCAGCACACAGCAUCAGUACCAGCCACACCCGUCUCAUCAGUGCAGCACCGGACCCAAAGCUAAGCAACCAGCCUAAUGACACUCAGACCACUUGGUUCUCAAAUCUAAUGAUGAUAGAUCUAUAUAUGUAAAUAAGCUAGAUCCCAAAUCUAAUGAUGAUAGAUCUAUAUAUGUA